CUUCUUUCUCGAGUUCUUUCUUCCGGCAGCUUAGCUGAACUUGGUUUGGUUCAGCUCUGGCCAGUCCCGAUUGUGCACCUUGCCGGAUCGGACCCUGAAGGACGGUAGCUUUUUUCCCGCUCUUCUCCACUACCCCCGCACACACGCACUCUCCCCCACACCUCACAUACACCCCCUGCUGUAACCAGUAUUCGUGCUCUCCUCUCCCUCGCCUUUUUCAUUCUUAUCCUCCCCAACUCACUCGCUCACCUCCCUCCUCGACAGCUUGGGAACUCUCGUCUCGGCCAUGUCUCAAAAAACUAGCCAUCUCCCUUUACUUCCACCCCCAACAAUCCCCCAGUCGCCGACUGCAUCGUCCGCUGCGUCACGAAGUUCACGUACGUUUUCAAAAAUCAAGUUUGGACUCCUUGCGGGUGUGCUAGCAGUAUCCACGGUUUGGGCCUACUCGCGCUUGGUAGGGGGGUGUAAUCACGGAGGGGCGCUCAGGUUCGGGAGCGACGAGUGGGAGGAUGACUAUACGGGAGUGAGUGAGGGGAUGUCAGGGCGAUUGGGGUAUACCCUCGUUAAGGAUAUUCCCACCGGGAGUAUUCCUGGCCGCGGGAAGAGGGGAGUUAAGAAGGGGGAGGGAGAUGAUAAGAGGUUGAUUAUUGUUGGAGAUAUACAUGGGAUGUUUGAUGAAUGUUUGAUUCCCCCCCCCUUCACCCGCCUCCUGAAUUUUCUGAGCUUGGGUUGGCUGACCGCGCGGCAUAUAGUCAGGGGUCUCCUUGACAAAAUUUCUUACGAUUCUGACUCGGACUACUUGGUCCUCGCCGGAGACAUUAUUUCCAAGGGCCCAGAUAGCCUCGCGGUUCUAGACUUGGCCAGGAAGAUUGGUGCGCAUUGUGUGAGGGGUAAUCAUGAGGACAGGAUUUUGCUGCACUAUCAUGAUAUCCAGAGACGGAAGCGGAAGCAUCAUCGGGCAUCCGAAGUUGAACCCGAGUCGCCACCUGAGUCUGAAGAGGAGGAUGAGGAUGAAUUCGGAAAUAUGGAGCUCGAGGUGGGCGAGAAAGAGUCUCGAAGUCUGAAUGUGGAGAGGAAAUUGGCAAAAUCUUUGUCCAAAAAGCAGGCUGAGUGGUUGGAUGCUUGCCCGCUUGUGGUUCGGGCCGAGAAGGUUCCUGGACUUGGACGGUAUUAUAUUGUGCAUGCUGGGUUGGUGCAUGGCAUUGAGCUUAAGAGUCAGGUAUCAGCUAUAUUUCCUGUUGGAUUACUCUGAGGAUUGUGCUGAUUGGAUCUGCAGGACCCCUUGGCGAUAAUGACCAUGAGAACCCUCAACCGCCAUCUCGCCCCGUCGCCAAAGCAGGGCGGAAUGCACUGGGCGAAGUACUGGAACAAAAUGGAGAGGAGGAAAGCUCACGGCCAUACCACCGUAGUGUUCGUCCUCUCUUUAUUUCCCCGCGUUGUUUCGCUAGGGCGCUGACAUUGUGAAUAGCUACGGCCACUAUGCAGCCGAAGGGCUCGACAUCCGCCGCCACACAAAGGGUCUCGACAGCAACUGUGUUCGUGGGGGGAGACUGUCCGCGUACAUCCUCGAAGCGAAUAAAGGGGGAAGAGUAGAAGAGGAUAUUGUUAGCGUGAAGUGCAGAAAUUACCUUGACUAGAGCUGUCCUGCUUUUCCUUAGACUAGACUGGACUUGUCUUGUCUGUUGUAUAGAUUUGAUACCCUUUCCUUUUGUUCUCCCUUUAUCCUUCUCCUUGAGUAUUUCAUAUGGUGGAUUGGGGAUUAUAUCGUUUGGUCUUCCCGUCUUCACUUUCCUUUUUCACAUUUUUCUGAUGUUAUCAUGUACUCAUGGAUGUGGUUGGCGUUCUCCCCCCCCCCCUUCAUUUCUAAUACAACGUCAUGGGAUGGUUGGCUCGGUUUGGCAUUGGGGAGGUUUUGUUACGACGGUCGUAACAAAACCUCCCUAUUUUUUAGUCUCUUUUUUUUCCUUGUUUAUCUGGUCCGGUUGAGUUUUGGGGGGAGAGAGGGUAACGCCUGAUGCGGUGCCGAUACCAUAUUUUUUUCGCUCCUAGCUGGGGAUGCUGUUUACUGCCGGUACUGGUGUGGUGAUUUAGAAGGGGGACGGAUGAGCUCAGUAGGAUAGGUCGCGAUACUAUAAUGAAUUUCUUGCAAUUA